GCAGGGCUCCCCGGGCCCUGGACGGUCGGGACCCAAUGGGGGCCCGUCGCCGAGGCAGCAGGCUCCGCCCCCGAGAUAUUCGGGCGGGCCCUGCUGCCUCGCGCCACUGAGUGCACUGACGUUCGUGGUCAUAUUAGGUAUAAAGCAUUGUAGCCUAUAAUAUGAGUUGAACUUGUGCUGCUAUUUUCACACUCACAUUUAACAUUAAAACAUGAAAAAUUGCAAGUGAAUCCCUUCUAUUGUCUCCAAAUGUAUUUUGGGUAAAAUCGUCAUCAACAGCCGUCCAUCAACACCAUACGUAAAUGAACGUCAACGUCAUCAUCAAUCACUUGUCAUUCAACAGAGCACUGCCUAAGCAUGAGCAGUUAUAAACACAAAAGUGGAGCUACAAAAUGCAAAGAAAAAGAUAAAAAAGGAGGACCAAGGAAAAGCCAAAUUGUCCAAGCUCGAUGGAUAUUUUUUUCGCCAGCCGUGUUUCAUCCCCGAGCCCCAGCCCGCCAACAACGUUAGUGGGGGUUAGCCAGAUUUACAGGUAGGCUACAAUCACGGCCACACACUGUCAACAAGAAAAUUGAUGAUGAUAAUAGGGACGACUCAGCAGCUGCUAGCUGCUAGCUGCUCGUCUAGAGGAGAGCCAGGCCUGACGCUUGACCAGCCGCAACCCUCCCCCUCCGGCUCCUUACUGGCUGCGCCGCAAGGUGAAGAAGUACCGGACACUCUUGCCCUGGCUACUAAAUGGGGAAGUCAAACACAGUUUGAAACAACCAGGGCCAGGAAAGUUAAGAGACACUUUGAUGAACUUUCUGAAGACAGCCGCCUCACUGACGCAGAGAGCAACUUUCGGGUGACCGUUUUCAAUGCAUGUCUCGAUAUAAUCAUCCAGCAACUGUCCCAAAGAUUCACCAGUUUAAAUGAAACUGUGAACAUGUUUGAGGCAAUUCACCCCAACACACUACUGCAAGCAAAGGAUGAGGAUUUACACCAAGCUGCUCAGCGGCUUAGAGAGCACUACAGUCGGGACAUCGCCGCCAGCUUCCCUGGCCAGCUGCUUUCUUUCAGAACCUGUUUCAGGGACCAAAUACAAAAACUAAAAUCUGUCGCGGAUCUGGUAAAAAUGCUCAUUGUUUACAACCCAGCAGUAACAUCUACAUUCAGUGAGGUUUGCACAGCCUUCAUCUUAUUUCUGACUCUUCCUGUCACCGUGGCAACCGCCGAGCGCUCUUUCUCCAAAUUAAAACUCAUCAAAAACUAUUUGAGGAGCACGAUGGGACAGGAGAGACUGAGUGGACUGUUCUUGCUGUCCAUCGAAAGUGACCGAGCCAAGAAAUUGGACAUACAGCGUAUUGUGGACAAGUUCGCGGAGCGCAAGGCUCGCCGAGUACCCUUCAAGUAGUGGUGAGUACACUUCAAAUUUAAUUUGUACAGUAGCCUACUUGUACGUGAAUGUAUGGGCCGCCGUGCCAAUUUUACACUGCUCUGCUCUCAUGGUGGCUGUCCAUGGUGAAUGGUGUGUCAGAAAUGUAGUCAUUUUAUUAGGCUAUGUUUUCAUUGUCCUUGUGGUUUGUUGGACUUU